AUUGGUUAAUAUCAAUCAAACUCAUGCAUACUAAUCAUUGAUAAAUUGUAAAGUAUCAAUAAACAAUACAGGUUAAAUUUGUGCGGCCAAAAAUCGAUACCUAACCUCAUUCGUUAAAAGUGACCUUUAUAAUGUCGAUAAAUAUGAUUUUUUAACAUUUUUCAUUUUAUCAAGUGCUUCAUCACAAUAAUAUUGCCAAUUGAUAUAUACAGCCUGAACAUGAGGGUAGUGGCACUGGUAAGCGGUGGCAAAGACAGCACCUUCAACAUGAUGCAAUGCAUCGCUGCCGGACACGAGAUCACAGCCCUGGCCAAUCUGUCGCCCCACAACAAAACCGAAAUCGACAGCUACAUGUACCAGAGUGUAGGCCAUGAGGCAGUUGAGCUAAUUGCUAAGGCCAUGGAUUUGCCUUUGUAUGUGAGGGAGACUGAGGGCAAAGCCCUGGAACAAGGCAAGACCUACACGCCCUGCAUGGAGGACGAGGUGGAGGAUCUGUUUCUGUUGUUGGAACAGGUUAAAUUGGAGAUGGAUGUGGAGGCUGUCUCUGUUGGGGCUAUCCUAUCAGAUUAUCAACGAAAUCGGGUCGAAAAUGUGUGUGUAAGAUUAGGUUUAGUACCAUUGGCCUAUUUGUGGCAACAAAACCAGUCAGAAUUGUAUAAUGACAUGCUCAAAAACGAAGUGGACGCGAUUGUUAUAAAAGUAGCAGCUUUGGGGCUAGAUCCCCAAAAACAUUUGGGCAGAAGUUUAAGUUCACUCCAGUCUCAUCUGUUUUCUAUGCAUGAAAAAUAUGGUCUUAAUGUUUGCGGGGAGGGCGGAGAAUAUGAAACCCUUACUUUGGAUUGCCCGUUGUUCAAAAGCAGAAUCGUCGUGGAAGAAUCUGAAAUUGUAUUACACACAAAUGAUCCAAUAGCACCAGUGGGUUAUUUGAAAUUCAACAAGCUAAGUCUGAGUCUGAAAACUCCUACUUUGGAUCUUGAAUCUAGAUUAGCAGGUCUUUCCUUAAAAGACAGUGAAGGCUACAUAACUGACAAUAGUGAAGAAUCUUUAGAAUUUACUAAAAUUGAGGAUGAAAAUGAAGAGGAUUGUGUAGAUAGUGUUGUAAAUAAUUGUACAGAAAAAUCUUUCAUUGAUCAGUCUCCACUAUUUGCCCAAAGUGCGGACGGUUGGUUGUGGAUUGGAGGAAUACAAGGGAAAAAGGAGAACCCAUCUGAAGCAAUGGAGGAGGCGAUGAGUUCAUUAAAGUCAAUUUUGGAGUUGCAUAAGCACAACGUGACCGACGUGUGUUCCAUAAGUAUGUUCGUGAGUGACAUGUCGCAGUAUGCAGAAUUGAAUCGUCUUUAUGUUGAGAUGUUCAAUCACGUGAAUCCUCCUUCAAGAGCUUGUGUACAAGUCCCCUUCGACGAUAGAUGCCCCGUCCAAAUUGAAGCCUUGUCUUGGAAGAAUCCUAACAUCAGAAGUUCUGGUGAUCCCCCUAUUGAUAGACAUACAGUACAUGUCCAGAGUAGAUCUCACUGGGCUCCUGCGAAUAUUGGCCCUUACAGUCAAGCAGUUCGAGUCGGAGAUAUUAUUAAAUUGGCGGGACAAAUUGGUUUAAUUCCAGGCAAUUUGGAAAUGGUUUCAGGAGGAAUUAAAGCUCAAUGUCGGUUGACAUUAAGACACAUUGGAAGACUGUUGAAAGCCGUCGACAACAAUAUUAAUCUCAGGGAUGUUGUUCAAGGAAUUUGUUAUUUGACGGACAUUUCUUAUGUAGAGCCCGCUAGAAUGAUAUGGGAAAGUAAAACCAAUAAUGCCAUAGUUAAUUAUGUAGUUGUAACUGGAUUGCCUAGAAAUGCUCUUGUUGAGUGGCACGUUUGGGCUCACAUACACAAUAACCAAUUCGAAUAUGAAGAACGAGGUAGAUGCAUUGAAAGCUUCGCAAUUUCCAUAUAUAGAAGGUGGAACUACGAAAAUAAUAUUGCGGCUCUAGUAUGUCUGGUUGAGAGCCAGGAUGAUGUAGUGGAAUUAAACGAAACUGUAUUCAUCGAAACGAUCGGUUAUGUGAUAGAGAAAUUGCAGCAGGGACACGAGAACGACGAAAAGUCCGUCUAUGAUAUUAAGAUAUUUUAUCCAGUUGAUAAGAGAUUUGAGGCGGAACCGUUUCUUCGACAUUUAAACACGUUGAAAGAAACGAUGUCCGUUGUUUACACUUUUGUACCUGUUGUCUGUUUGAAGAAUAAGAAUACAUAUUUGUCGAUUACUGGUGUCAGGAACCAGUAAAACGUUGUCUUUUAUUGGUUAUUUCAUUGGAACAUAUAUACAGACUUAUUUUAAUAAAGAAUAUUGUAUGGUA